CGACUCUACCGCAACCGCCAGGUAACCCCAACUCCCAAACUCUAAAACCCAACAAGGACAAAUUCUAUGACUUUUCCCAAUCACCCAAAGGAUACAGCCACCGCCAUUACGGUGCAACCGUCAUCGCCGAGAUUCCUGAUCAGCGGAACCUCCAACCCUGGUGACCAACGCAAGAUCGGGAUAGCCGUCGAUCUUAGCGACGAAAGCGCCUUUGCCGUCAAAUGGGCCGUCCAUAACUAUCUGCGUCCCGGUGACUCCGUCAUCCUCCUCCACGUCCGACCCACCGGUGUCCUCUAUGGCGCCGACUGGGGUGCCAUCGACCUCUCCCGCCACGACGAGCUUUCCCAGCAGAAGCUCGAGCACGACUUCGACGCCUUCACCGUCACCAAGGCCAACGACCUCGCCCAGCCCUUCGUCCACGCCCAAAUCCCCUUCAAGAUUCACAUCGUCAAGGACCACGACAUGAAGGAGCGCCUCUGUCUUGAGGUCGAGCGCCUCGGCCUCAGCACCGUCAUCAUGGGUAGCCAAGGUUUCGGCGCCUCACGCCGCGCCACCAAGGGCAGGCUCGGUAGUGUCAGCGAUUAUUGCGUGCACCACUGCGUCUGUCCCGUCGUCGUUGUCCGCUUCCCGGACGAGAAGGAUGGGGCCGAGACAAAUCACGGUCUAGUAGCAAAGGCUUGUGUGGACGAUGAGCUGGAGUACCAUAAUGCAUUGGAUAAGCAAACUGAUGUGGACAAAGCCUCGUGAAUAGAUAUGGUGGGGAUGCUAAUGUGUUCCUCGGAAGAUGUUUGACUGUUGAAACUUGAAAUACUCCUGCUUGAUGUGUAGUCUAGUCUUGUGAAAAAGUUUGGUACUGGUCUCUGCUUUUACAUCUUUAUCACUGCCUUUUAAUAUCUAUGAAGUUUGGAAUGAAGCGUGACGAACGACUUUUUCUUUUGCUUUUAGGUCUUCCAGAAUGAUAGGCUGCACUCUAUUCUUGUUAUAUAGAAUUUUCCUUUUGGAGCC